AUGGGGACAUUCGUGACUAAACUGCUCCUUCCCACCCUCAGCAGCCUGGCCUUCCUGCCCACUAUCAGCAUUGCUGUCAAGAGACAGUUCCACAUGGAAGCCAUGGUCUAUCUCUUCACCAUGUUCUUCGUGGCGCUCCAUCACGCCUGCAGUAGCCCUGGCCUGUCCAUGCUCUGCUUCCUGAAACUCGAUGUCCUGGAGUACUUCAGCAUCUACGGCACGGCACUGAGCAUGUGGGUGUCCCUGAUGGCUCUGGCUGACUUUGACGAGCCCAAGAGGUCAACAUUUGUGAUGUUUGGUGUCUUGACCAUCGCGGUGCGAAUCUACCAUGACCGCGCGGGCUACGGCGUGUACUCGGGCCCCAUUGGCACAGCUGUCCUUAUCAUCGCUGCAAAGUGGCUACAGAAGAUGAAGGAGAAGAAGGGUUUGUACCCCGACAAGAGCGUCUACACCCAACAGAUCGGCCCAGGCCUCUGCUUCGGAGCCCUGGCCCUGAUGCUGCGCUUCUUCUUCGAGGAUUGGGAUUACACGUACGUCCACAGCUUCUACCACUGCGCUCUGGCCAUGGCCUUUGUCCUGCUACUGCCCAAGGCCAACAAGAAGGCCGGAAGUGCAGGGACCCCUGCCAAGCUGGACUGUUCCACGCUGUGCUGUGCCUGCAUCUGA